AUGUCUACAUUAUCUAGCAGAAAUAACCAACAAGAGAUUUAUGAAGACUUGCCUCCUUCUUAUAAUGAAUCACAAGCAUCAGAAAAAAUGUCUGAUAAUAAUAUGACAAAACCUCAACUUGUAGCAAAAGUUAAUGACCUAAUGGCAGCACUUGAUAAACAAAAAGAAGAUCAUGCUAAUGAAAUCAGUCUUUACCAAACAACACUUAAAAAACAAAAACAAGAAAUGAAAGAAACUCAUGCUAAUGAAAUCAGUCUUUACCGAGAAUUAAUUAAUGCAAAGACAAAUGAAAUUACAACUUUAAUGUCUACGAUUGAAAACUAUAAAAAAGAAGUUGAAAGAAUUGAAGAAAUAAGAAAAAAACAUGAAUAUGAAUAUAAUGAAAGAUUAAAGGAAAAGGAAAAAACUCAUAAACGUGAAAGAGAAGAAAGAGAAAGAAAUUAUAAACGUGAAACAGAUCUUAUGCAAGAAACUAUUAAUAGUUUAGAACAAACUAUAAGAGAUUUACAAACUCAACUUAGAAAUUAUGAAAAUGUUUCUACUCCUGAACUAUACUAA